GGAAAAAACUGAGAUUUGAGGACCAAAUCCAAUCUCCCCAAACCCUACGUAUGACUUGAUCGCCAAAAUCCUCAAACCUACAGCUUCGUCCUCUGCCGUUCGAUCAAAACUCCUUUAUAAAACAAAAUAGUUACGAAAGAUAUCAUCGAAAAGCUUAGCGAUGCCGUCCCACGGCGAUCUAGACCGUCAGAUCGAACACUUAAUGCAGUGCAAGCCGCUUCCGGAGGUGGAGGUGAAGACUCUGUGCGAGCAGGCACGUGCGAUCCUGGUGGAGGAGUGGAAUGUUCAGCCGGUGAAGUGCCCCGUCACCGUCUGCGGCGAUAUCCAUGGCCAAUUCCACGAUCUCAUCGAGUUGUUUCGCAUCGGCGGCAACGCUCCCGAUACUAAUUAUCUCUUUAUGGGCGAUUACGUGGAUCGAGGAUACUACUCUGUUGAGACUGUCACACUUUUAGUUGCUCUGAAAGUUCGUUAUAGGGAUAGAAUAACUAUUUUGAGGGGAAACCAUGAGAGCCGCCAGAUAACUCAAGUGUAUGGCUUUUAUGAUGAAUGCUUGAGAAAAUAUGGAAAUGCUAAUGUGUGGAAGUAUUUCACUGACCUCUUUGACUAUUUACCUCUGACUGCCUUGAUUGAAAGUCAGAUUUUCUGCUUGCAUGGUGGACUCUCCCCAUCUUUGGAUACAUUAGAUAACAUCCGUUCUCUUGACCGUAUUCAAGAGGUUCCUCAUGAGGGUCCAAUGUGUGAUCUCUUAUGGUCUGAUCCUGAUGAUCGAUGUGGAUGGGGAAUAUCUCCUCGAGGAGCUGGGUAUACCUUUGGGCAGGAUAUUUCUGGGCAGUUCAACCACACAAAUGGGCUGACCCUGAUUUCUAGAGCUCACCAGCUUGUUAUGGAAGGAUAUAAUUGGUCCCAGGAAAAGAAUGUGGUAACAGUGUUCAGUGCCCCAAACUACUGCUAUCGCUGUGGAAAUAUGGCUGCAAUACUUGAGAUUGGAGAGAAUAUGGAGCAAAGUUUUCUUCAGUUUGACCCAGCUCCACGUCAGAUUGAGCCUGAGACCACACGCAGAACCCCCGACUAUUUUUUGUAAUCCCCUUGACUUACCUCCUACCUGAAAAUGUUCAUAUUUACUGUUGUGUUUUUGUAGAUGUGUCUUACGAAGUUGGGGAGUUGUCGUUUUUAGUUUGUAAGGAGGGACAAAGAAACCAUUGUUUUUGUCAUUCUUUUUGGUUGUUGGAGUGCACAUUCAUACUAGUCUAUAGGGUUAAUUGGUAGAAGGUUUUUUUUUUUGGUUUUGUAUUCUGAAAGGUGAAAGAAGUAGAAUAACAAGGGAUUCUUUACUAUGAAA